AUGGAUGAGGCUCAGAUCAGAGUCGGGCGUACCAGCCAGAUUCUCGCUUUUCAGAAGGAAAAUAUCGUCCUUGACAUUCUGGCAUUGUCCAAGGCCCUGGGAUGUUGUCUGCCUCUCCCAUGUGUGAGCACCUGUGUUAAAAUCGAACACGGAUGCAAGGAGGCUGGGCUCAUGUGGCUUACUACCGAUUCCAACACCCGCUCACAACUGAUGUUGGCAACAAAGUGCUGCAGAUUGAGAGAUUAUAUUUGCAAACAUGCGUCUGAGCGCGGUGGUCAGCUUCGGUCGAGGUUUAUUAAACUCCAGCAGAAAUAUUGGUUUAUAGGUGAUAUCCGUGGUCGUGGCCUCCUGCAGGGAAUUGAAUUUAUCUCGAACCCUAAGGCCAAGUCUUUUGAUAGCGAUUUGGGACAGGCAGUUUCCGAGUGCGCUAUGACUUGUGGUAUCUCCUGCAACAUUGUCAGCCUAUCUGGUAUGGGUGGCGUUUUCCGACUUGCGCCCCCGGUUAUUGUUACAGCAGAAGAAAUUGAAGAGGGCCUGAAGAUCCUGGAUAAAACCUCCUCAUUCGUCUAA